AUGACGCCGGAACCCUCUUCCCCUUCAGCUCCUCCGUCGCCACGUUUUGUCGAUGGCUACUUUCCUCCACAACCUCCUCCACAAAUGGCUGUCGACACCGAUUCAGUCCUGAGAUUGAUCCAGCAACUCGAAGUCGACCGGGAGGCCUACCUGUCCACCUUUGAGAGGGUUCACGAGACUCUGGUACAGGCUCUACAUCAACAGCCCGCUCGGCCUCUAGCCAGCCCGCGACAGACCAUCACCUCUCUUCCCUUGUCUUCGUCUCCCGUUUCUCUGCCAACUUCUGAGGUUGGCCCGCAAGCGGCAGCCGUCCCGAAGAGACGAUUCAGUCUGAACAGUCACCACUCCACCCCAAGUAGCCAUGUUCUCGAACAAUUCCACCCGGUACGCCAACCGAAAGAGUCCAUAUACACGGGCGACGACAGCUCCGACAGUGAUGACGACGAGUCCUACUUUGCACAGGAGCCACUACCUCCAAGGGACUUUUCGGAAAGUGAUUUGAUCGAACACUUAAAGACCCAUUCGUGGGAUAUUUACAGCAAAUAUAUUCUGCAGGAUCUUCUCCGGAACAUGAACCUGCUUUCGAACGGCAUUUUCCUCAAGGACCGGCAUCAUCAGACCGACGCCAACCAUCAGCAUGCAGAUAUUUACCACGUGGGUGCUGAUGGCUCGCCUCUGCGGUUUUCUCGGGGUGAUUCCGAUGAGGGACCUUUGGCGGCGUGGGAAGCGUUGAAGAGCACUAACUGGGACACGUCGAGGAAACAAGCUGUAGGGCGAAUUAUCGUGGUCCGAGAGCCAGCCUCGAGCCUGUUCGCCGCCUUGCACCUCACCAUGAGUGAAUACUUCGAUAUGGAUUCCAUUUUCCGCAUGAUGAUAGAUGAUCACACGCCGACCAAGGCCCUCACAAAGGGAUACUUGAAGGAGGAUCAUCGCCGACAACGAUCAGUGGUUUUUGUAUUCAAGUAUCACACCAUCGUGGGGGAAGGGCGUGCUCCGCUUCAUUGGCAGAAUCACGACGAAAAUCCCGACACCGAGGAUGGCCAUAUCCCCCUGACAACGUGUUCAUCCGUCGUCGCUCUCUCGCUCGCUGGCAAGCCCACUUAUACCCUCCGGCGCAAUUCUCGAAAGAACAAAUCGGUCAUUGGGCACGUCUACGAUCCGUUCGCACCUUGGCACGUCCUUACGAUACAGUGCUUUCCAGAUUGGAAUUCCAGCGUGGAUACACAUGAUCAUAACCACCAUUAUUGCAAUGGUCCCGAUGCCUUUUUGACCAGCGUUCUUUCGGAAUACAAAGACGCAAGCAAGAGGUUCAAGGUGAUCCACAAGGCCAUCCAAGAACUGGCGACCCCCCCGAACAAAUCAAUCUUCGACAGCGCCCUCCGAGACGAACUUCUCUUUGAAAACAACAAGUUCACCUACUCACGGCGCUAUUUCUGGGCCUCGCAGACCCUUGGCCUUCUAAGCAAUGAGAUCAAGGACAUGAUAACGACUUACAGGGACACCUUCACGGACGAGUUCUGGUCGGGGGAGCACAAAACGCUAUUUCCAGGCACCAAGGACCAGUCGCCACGGUACAAUAAUUGGAGGAAGAAACUGGUAUAUACACGAAAACAAUUCGAGAAGGAGAUCUCUCAGCUGGAGGAGGUUUUGCGGAUCUUUCAGGAACAACAAAAGCAGAUUAAAAACCUGCGAGAGUGGCUUUUCAGUGGAACGUCGGUCCUAGAAAGUAGGGAGGCUGUCAGUAUGGCGAAGAUCACCGUCGAGCAAGGCUAUAACAUCAGGUUGUUGACAUUGGUUACGUUGUUCUAUCUACCGCUGAGUUAUGUCACCGGGAUUUACGGGAUGACGAACAUGCCGCCAAACGACUCCUUCCUUCCCUUCGCGAUGACAACGCUAGGGAUCUGCAUACCUACCUACCUGCUGAUUGUGAUCGUGAAUAACCCCAAUGCUGUCAAAAGGAUUCUGGCCAAUAUGGGCCUUUUCUUCACGAAACUGGUCUCCAUCCCUGCCCCGAAGAAGUCUGAGAAGCUCAGGGAAAAGAUAUUGGAGAGUAAGGCUAUCCACAAGGAAGAAAAGGAACCCACAAUGCAGAAGGUUGCGACUUUCGCGAGCCUCGAGGCUCGACUGUCUAUGGACUUGGGCCAUGAACCUUCAUUGCGAGGGUCUCAUGGGUUUUCGCAAGCUACUCGUCGGAUGUCUUACUCUAUAGGCAGCUACCUCCCAGGUAUAGCAACACGACAAGCCUCGCAUACCAUGGCUCGAUCACUGCCCCGGUUGUCCCCCUUCCCGGAGGAACCCACGAUUCCUCAGAGAACCAGCACGGUCAAAUUCGACGAACCUUUCUCGAGCUCGAUGAAGUGGCAAAAUGGAGACUCGACGCGGACCAGAGCCCCGAACUUUGAGAAGUCAUUCUCGAAUCACUCCAGUAUAUCCCCGACAGAGAGUCCACCUUAUCCUGCCGUUGUCGUCCGAUCACCCAACGGUUCAACCUUGUCGUCUCCCUCAAGCACAACGCUGAAACCGCCUGAAUGGCGCAGAGAAAGGAGUGUUAGUCCCAGAAGCGGGCCCAGAGGAAGCAGAUUCCUAUUCGGGAGACUCGGCAGUCGACUUUCGUCCGCACUGCCGUCGCCGAGGUCGUCUCAACCGGGAAGUCCCAUGGAAAAUGUCUAG